AAACUGGCAAAGAAAAAGAAGGUAGUGUGAGUGGUACUCAUACCGGAUUCAGUUGCAGUUGCAGUGACGUUUUCUCUGCUUGAGAUAUUACUAAUUAUUUAAAACUUAUGGAUGGAUGAGAUGAAAAUCGACAAGUAUUUGUCUGGCGGAGAUAACGACGGUAGAUGAAAAUCGACAUGUUUCAAUAAAUCAGAUUUAAUCCAAGGGUCCAGAUUCGUUAAUAGUAGUAGAUGGAAAUCGAAUCCAUUACCAAAAUUUAGUAAAGUACUUAUGAUUAUCAUAUUAUGUAAUAACAGUCACAUGCAUUAAUAUGAAUAUAUAGUUUGAGUUUGAGCACAAGCCAGGUUGAGAGAUGGAGGGAAGUAUCCGGUGCUCUGCCAACUACGUUUCUCUCACUCCAAUCAGCUUCUUGGACCGCGCCGCCGUCGUUUACCGCGACAGACUUUCUCUUGUCUCCGGUGACGUUACCUACACGUGGACCCAGACACACCAACGCUGCAUCAAACUUGCUUCUUCCAUUUCUCAACUUGGUGUCGGUCUUUCUCCCCUCGAUGUGGUUGCUGUAUUGGCCCCUAAUGUUCCAGCUAUGUAUGAGCUGCAUUUUGCUGUUCCCAUGUCAGGGGCUGUUCUCUGCACGCUAAAUACACGUCAUGAUUCUGCAAUGGUUUCCUUGUUGCUAAAACAUUCUGAGGCCAAACUUGUUUUUGUUGAUUAUCAAUUACUUGAUAUUGCUAAAGGAGCACUUCAAAUCCUGUCAAAAAUCACCACCAAGCUUCCCCAUUUGGUCUUAAUUUUGGAGUCUGGACAUCCAUCACCUCCCCAUGCUAAAGGAACCUUGACAUACGAGGAUCUUAUAGCUAAAGGGAGCCUUCAAUUUGAGGUGAGGAGGCCAAAGGAUGAGUGGGAUCCAAUCUCCCUUAAUUACACUUCUGGAACUACAUCAAACCCCAAGGGUGUGAUCUAUAGCCACAGAGGUGCCUAUCUUAAUUCUCUGGCUACGGUUCUUCUUAACGAGAUGAGGUCUAUGCCGGUAUAUUUAUGGUGUGUUCCCAUGUUUCACUGCAAUGGUUGGUGCCUCCCUUGGGCCAUUGCUGCUCAGGGUGGCACUAACGUCUGCCAAAGAAGUGUCACCGCUGAAGGGAUAUUUCACAAUAUUUUUAGGCACAAGGUUACUCACAUGGGGGGUGCACCGACAGUUUUAAACAUGAUAAUCAAUUCACCACCCAAAGUCCGGAAGCCGCUUCCGGGAAAGGUCGAAGUGAUGACAGGUGGUGCACCACCGCCUCCGGAUGUGAUUAUCAGGAUGGAAGAACUGGGAUUCAAUGUGACUCAUUCAUAUGGUUUGACAGAAACCUAUGGUCCAGGAUCAAUUUGCACAUGGAAACCAGAAUGGGACAAUCUGUCUCGAGAUGCACAAGCAAAACUCAAGGCACGUCAAGGAGUGGCCCAUGUUGGGAUGGAAGACCUAGAUGUGAAAGAUCCUCACACAAUGAAGAGUGUACCGGCUGAUGCAAAAACCAUGGGUGAGGUGAUGUUCAGGGGCAACACUGUGAUGAAUGGAUAUCUGAAGGACUUGAAAGCAACACAAGAGGCAUUUAAAGGUGGAUGGUUUUGGACUGGUGAUUUGGGAGUAAAGCAUCCUGAUGGAUACAUAGAGCUUAAGGAUCGCUCGAAGGACAUCAUCAUCUCUGGUGGAGAAAAUAUUAGCACAAUUGAGUUGGAAGGAGUCAUUUUUAGUCAUCCAGCAGUUUUUGAGGCAGCUGUUGUUGGGAGACCUGAUGAUUAUUGGGGAGAGACACCUUGUGCAUUUGUGAAGCUCAAGGAGGGAUGCAGUGCCACAUCAGAUGAGAUAAUCCAAUUUUGUCAGAAUCGUUUGCCUCGUUUUAUGGCCCCUCGAACUGUGGUGUUUACUGAUCUGCCAAAGACAUCAACUGGUAAGACUCAGAAAUUUGUUCUUAGGGAGAAAGCAAAGGCCAUGGGAAGCUUGACUAAGAAGAACGCUAGCCGGUUAUAAGGCACAUUUAUUCUGAAAUUUUAAUGGAAUGUUUGUUGAUGUUAUGUGCUUUAAGGUUUUUAUUUUCGUUUAUUUAUAAAAUAAAAUCUGUCCAUUUGUAUGAAUAGACAAUUAUGCAUAGUUGUAACAAGAAAAAAAAAAAAAAAGAGACACUUGUGCAAAGUCAAUUCAACCAUUGUAUCUUUUUUUCUCA